ACAUCCGACGUAAAAUUUGAGCCGCCAUUUGUUUCUACAUCCGACGAGUUGCUCGAAAUACGACGAUUUACGGCAGCGUCGUGAUUGAAUUGGUUUCGCUGAAUACCGCAGCACGGCGGGUUUUCUUUUAAAAAAAAAAUCAACAUGGGUCCCAAGGUCGUUGGUAAAAGUGAGGGGAAAAGGAAAAAGGAGAUGCUUACAAUUGAAAUUAAGAAAGAGAUGAUUGAAAAAUAUGAGCAGGGUGCACGCGUUAGCGAGUUGGCUCGACAAUAUGGCCGGAAUAUGUCAACAAUUUCGACGGUCAUCAAGCAGGCGGAAGCUAUAAAGAAGGUAAACGCCUCCAAAGGGACUACUAUCCUGUCGAAACGUCGUGGCGUUAUUUUGGAGGAGAUGGAACGCCUUUUACUCAUUUGGAUUAAGGAUAAAGAGAUCGCUGGUGAUUCAGUCACUGAAGCAAUAAUCUGUCAGAAAGCGUGCGCUGUUUAUAAUGACUUAAAGACCGCACCUGAAGGGAACGCGGAAGUGGAGAGCCAUCUCGCCACCGAGGAAGAAUUCAAGGCUUCUCACGGUUGGUUCGAAAAGUUCAAGAAACGGACCGGUAUUCAUUCUGUUGUUCGUCACGGGGAGGCUGCAAGUUGUGACGCCGAGACUGCCAAGGAAUUUGUUCAGCAUUUUGAAAACAUCGUGGAGGAAGGAGGCUACGUGGAGCUGUCUCGGCCGCCUCCGUUCGCCAUGCACCCUAAGUUAAGAACGUGGCUCGCCGCAUCCUCCCUCGGCUCGCCGUAUUCCCUCCUCCUGCAACACCCGCUGUCUCGUUCACCACUCUAAAUCAAGCACGGGCUCGCCGUGUCCUCCUGCAACAUGCGCUGUCUGCUUCGUCUCCAUUCACCGCUUUUACGUUAAGGUGACAAUAAAAAUGCUUUUUUCAAAC